CCCGGCCGGACUUCAGAGACCUCGGCUGAGAAGCGGCUCCCGCUUCCGCGGAUCUGCGGUGGAGUGUCCCGAGCGGGCCCCGCUUCAGGGGUGAAGACGACAGCGACGGCCCUGCGGGCUGGAAGGACCCAGGAGGCUGGGCAGCAACUUUGGGAUGACUUGGGAGCCCACUCCACCAGGAGGAAAAUGCAUCCUGCGUGGGGUCCUGACACCUGCAGAUGGAGCUUUGCCAUGAUUUCUUCUGGAUGUUUUUGUAAAGAGGAAUGCAGUGGUGUCCUUUGAAAGAAGAGGAUGCCAUUCCCCGUGUGAGGGCAAUGGAAGCUCAUGGGGGACGACCACCGGAUCCAGAGGGAGAGCGACCAGGAGAGGAUACCAGCGUGAGACAGCGGAGCGGUCGGCCUCCUGAUGUUGGCGGUGCUGAAUGUGUAGAUAACACAGAUGGCAAAUUGCUAAGACAACUGCAAGCUCAAGAAAAAGCCCAACAAGCAGCACAAAUAAAGCUUUUGAGAAAACUCCAAAAGCAGGAACAGGCUCACAUUGCCAAAGAAGCUAAAAAACAACAAGCAAUAAUGGCUGCUGAGGAGAAGCGACAGCAAAAAGAGCAGAUAAAGAUUAUGAAACAACAGGAAAGAAUUAAGAGAAUACAACAAAUCAGAAUGGAAAAAGAACUUCGAGCCCAGCAAAUUCUAGAGGAAAGAAUUAAGAGAAUACAACGAAUCAGAAUGGAAAAGGAACUUCGAGCCCAGCAAGAAAGAAUUAAGAGAAUACAACAAAUCAGAAUGGAAAAAGAACUUCGAGCCCAGCAAAUUCUAGAGGAAAGAAUUAAGAGAAUACAACAAAUGAGAAUGGAAAAAGGUCUUCGAGCCCAGCAAAUUCUGGAGGCUAAGAGGAUAAAGAAGGAAGAAGCUGCAAAAGCCAAGUUAUUGGAGGCUGAGAAACGAGAACAGGAAAAAGAACGGUCGAAGCAAGAAAAACGUGAUGAGAAACGAUUAAAGAAAGAGCUUAAACUAGAGCAACGAAGAUUAGAAUUAGAAAUUGCAAAAGAACUAAAGAAGCCUAAUGAAGACAUGUGCUUAGCAGACCAAAAGCCUUUGCCAGAGUUGCCUCGUAUUCCAGGACUUGUCCUCUCUGGAAGUACAUUUUCAAACUGUCUCAUUGUGGUGCAGUUCUUACGAGUCUUCGGUAAAGCUUUAGGCUUUAAUGGGAAUACUGAUGUUCCAGACCUGAGUAUUCUUCAAGAGGGAUUGCUGAAUCUAGGGGACAGCAUGGCUGAGGUACAAGACCUGCUUGUGAGGCUCCUGUCAGCUGCUGUGUGUGAUCCAGGUCUAAUUACAGGAUACAAGGCCGAAACAGCUCUUGGAGAACAUUUGCUGAAUGUUGGUAUGAAUCGAGACAAUGUUUCCGAGAUCUUGCAGAUCUUUAUGGAGGCCCGUUGUGGACAGACUGAGCUCACCGAAAGCCUGAGGACCAAGGCUUUCCAGGCCCACACUCCGGCCCAGAAAGCCUCGGCGCUGGCCUUCCUGAUCAGUGAGCUGGCGUGCAGCAGGAGGGUGGUGAGUGAAAUUGACAAGAACACUGAUUAUAUGUCAAACUUGAGGAGAGAUAAAUGGAUGGUAGAAGGUAAACUCCGCAAGCUCCGAAUCAUUUAUGCUAAGAAAGCAGGCAAGAGAGACACUUCAGGUGGCAUCGAUCUUGGAGAAGAGCAGCACGCGUCGGCCACCCCCACAGCAGGAUGCAAGCGAAGAAGGAAGGGCGGCGACAGUGACGCUGAUGGCAACGAGGAGGAGGAGGAGGAGGAAGACAAGGAAGACAGAAAAGGAAAGAAAACCGAUGUCUGUGAAGAUGAGGAUGAAGGUGACCAAGCAGCAAGUGUUGAAGAGCUAGAAAGACAGAUUGAAAAGCUGAGUAAACAACAGAGUCAGUACAGAAGGGAGCUCUUCGAUGCGUCUCACUCUUUACGUUCAGUGAUGUUUGGCCAGGAUCGUUACAGACGUCGGUAUUGGAUUUUUCCCCAGUGUGGGGGGAUUUUUGUAGAAGGCAUGGAGAGCGCUGCAGGGCUGAAAGAAAUGGCAAAAGAAAGAAAAAAACGAAAAAAAGCAGAAAGCAUCCAGACCAAAGAAAUAUUUGAUACUUCUGACGACCCUUUAAAUUGUUCAAAUCCGGAUCAUUGUGAGCAAAAGGAAGAUCCUAACGAAAAAGAUAACACAAAUCUAAUUCUUCAGAAUCCUGGCUCUUUUUCCAAAUUAAGCAAGCUUUUAGAAGUAGCUAAGGUGCCUCCUGAGUCAGAUGUAACGACCCCCAAACCAAAGAGCGGUGCAGAUGGGUGCGCACUGCCUCACCAGAACCGUGGGAGACACUCACCGGGCAGCAUGCAGCCAACGGUGACACAGAACGGCGUGGAAGAGACAGACUCGAAUCUGGUCAGUACCGGUUCAGGUGGUGCAGGCAAGGUCUACAGUCCUCUCCCCAGGGACCAGUUGUUACUGCCAAGAACACCUUGGGAGGACACUUCCCUUACCCAAGCCGAUGCGCCAGCUGCUUCUUCACCAACUCCUCGGGCCCAGCCGCCCUCUAAGUCACCUGCAGCUCUUGAAGUAGCCAAACCAGUAGAUUAUCCUAGUCCAAAGCCUAUUCCAGAAGAAAUGCAGUUUGGCUGGUGGAGCAUUACUGACCCAGAGGAUUUAAAAGCUUUGCUCAAAGUGCUACAUCCCAGAGGCAUAAGAGAAAAGGCAUUACAAAAACAAAUUCAGAAACACCUGGAUUACAUCACUCAAGCCUGCAUCGAGAAUAAGGAUGGUGGGCACCUAAAAGAGAUUUAUUUCUGCUCUCUUGCUUAUGAAUUUGUGUGUGUUAAAUGUACUUUUACCAUUAUUGAAUUAAAUGAAAAUGAAGAAAACCCGGUAACUCGAGAUACUGUGGAGAACUGGUCAGUAGAAGAACAAGCAAUGGAAGUGGAUUUGAGGAUUCUUCAACAGGUAGAAGAUCUGGAAAGGAGAGUCGCAUCAGCAAGUUUGCAAGUAAAGGAAAAUCUGCAAGAAUCUAGUCCUGAUUCUGUAGAAAGCCGAAUUACUCUACUAGCUCCUGGUUGGAUGUGUCCAGAACCGGCAUCAGAAAGGGAGGACUUGGUCUAUUUUGAACAUAAGUCAUUUUCUAACUUGUGCAAGGAGCACGAUGGAGAAUUUACUGACGAAGAAGAAAGCAGUGCGCAUGCACUAGAGCGGAAGAGCGACAACCCCCUAGAUAUAGCUGUAAGCAGGCUGUCUGAGUUGGAGCGAAACAUUGAAAGGAGGUAUCUGAAGAGCCCCUUAAGUACCACCGUUCAGAUCAAACUGGAUAAUGUGGGCACAGUUACUGGCCCUGCUCCUGCACCAUCCACUAGUGGUGAUGAUGACGGAAUUGAAGAGGAUAUUGUUCCCGGUCUCAGGGUGUGGCGAUGGGCAUUAUCAGAAGCUCGCAGUGCUGCCCAGGUGGCUCUGUGCAUUCAGCAGUUACAGAAAUCCAUAGCAUGGGAAAAAUCCAUUAUGAAAGCUGCAAGUUCACUGAAAAGGGGCCGCAAAAACAGAAAAAGGAAAAUAGAGGAAAACACCUGCGGUACUGGAGUAAAACAAGAACGCUGUACUCGUGGAAAGAAACUGAAACAGGACAACUCUGACCCGACUCUUGGCAGCCUUACUAAAAUGCAAACUCGUCUCAAUAAAGACAUGAAAAAAAGAAAAAUAGAAGAAAACACCUUCACUAACUUACCAAACCAGGAAAGCUUUAAUUCUGUAAAGAAAAGGAAGCAAGACCACUCUGACCUGACUCUUUCCAGGUAUAAUUUUUGUUCCCCUGUCCUAUAUAUUCAUAACAUCCCAUUGUAUUUGUUUAGAAACCUUCCACCAUACUAAAAGUGACUUUAUGACCGUUUGUGUAAAUAGGAAUUUUCCUAUGUAAAGUCCACUCUGUACUAUAAGUGUAUUCUUUCAUGUGUUUUUAUGAAUUAAUUUGCAUUGUCUUUACUUGGAAGAGAAUGAAAGCUCAACUUUUCCUAAAGGUAGAUAACUAAAGCAUGGAUAGUGAUUUCAAACAUUACUUUCUCUUGUACCCUUACUGAAAUGGACAGUCAUGAAGAUGCACGGCCUUUUGUAGAACUGCCGGAGUGCAGCACACGGAGUCGUCUGCGUUUCCGCCUCAGGGAUGGAAGACACGUUUUUAUUAAAAGUGCGUAAGCAGCUUUAUAAUAACAUGUCUGGUAUCUGGGGGUCUCGUCAACAAGAAAUAAAGUGGUUAAACACACACACAGAGCAGUCUUUCAAGAAUGAUCAUUUUCUUUUAAACAAAUACAAUAUCCCUGAAAAAAGGAAAGCGUGGUGUGCAUAUUGGCUACUUUGGGCUGGUGUUUUCAUCACUGGUGGUACAUACUCAGCAGGAGCAGCUGGGCAGGAAGUAGUGGGCAUGGUAUGAAAAUGGCAGUUGGUCCAGUACUAAUUGUCACUGUACGUGUGGGUAUCAUUUGUUCUGUGACUGACUUGCACUCGAGGUGCCCUAGGGUGAGUGUAUCCUCAAGCCCCUGGCACGGUUCUCCUCAAAUAACCAAAGUCCUCCUAAGCCUCUGCUGCCACCCAACUACAGGUAUCCACAGCAUACUUUCAUUCGGAUGCACGAGGCCUUCGCCGUAACCGUCAUCAUUUCUGUCCUGGUUGCUCUGUAGAUUAUAGAUCCCGGGCCGACCCUCAAGUUUGUAUUUCGAUUGCCAUUCAAGUGGUAAUCAAUGAAUGAUGACCAAUGAGUGCUCUACUGUUAAACCCAGGAUAUCAUCCAUGGGAAAUAAUAUGUAGAGAAUAAAGUAAUAUUUAUUUAGUUGUUAACCAUAGUGCAAAUCAAGUGAAAGUUAUGUGUGGGUAUGGGGAUAUCUUGAACUCAGAAGAAUUAAGUUAUCAUAAAUGCACAGUGAUCUCUUUUCCUGGUUUCAACCUCAAAAUGAAAUUUGUUAAAAGCACUAAUUUUAAAAUGAGGGUAUCUAAUCUGCCUUUGGUACCUUAUGCACCCCCUCUGUUCUCCUUUUUCCAUUUCUUCCACCCCCAAUACCUUUUCAAAAUAUUUAAAAUCCUAUUCAUUUAGCCUCUCAUUAAACACAUCCUCAACAUGGAAAUCUGAUAUCAAUCAUUUACUCCUUAUUGUAAGUUUUCUUUGUGGGCUUCUUUCAACGUUAUUUUUAUCUUAAGUAUUUCCAUUUAAGAAAUGAAAGAAGUUUGUGUUGUUAAAAUAAUUCAAUUUCAACUGGAAGUUAAGGGAGGUAUUUAAGAGAAUCAAAAUUUUCCUUCCAGAGAAAUAUGACUGUCAUACAACACAGGGAAACUAGUAGAGCCUUAUCUACUAGGAAUUUCACUUCAAUAAGAUCUCUUAGGCUUGCUUGAGCCAUUUUAUAACUCUACCUUUAAAAAAAGACUUUUUUUUUUUGGUAUCACUAAUCUACAGUUACAUGAAGAACAUUAUGUUCACUAGGCUCCCCCCUUCACCAAGUCUUCCCCACACACCCCUUCACAGUCACUGUCCAUCAGCAUAGUAAGAUGCUGUAAAAUCACUACUUGUCUUCUCUGUUGUACAUCCCUCCCCUAGCCCCCCCCCCACUGCACAUGCUUAUUAUAAGGCCCCCUUUCUGUUUCACCACCCAUCCUCCCCAGUCCCUUUCCCUUUGGUUUCUGUUAGUCUGUUCGUGGGUUUUGUGAUUCUAUUGCUGUUUUGUUCCUUCAGUUUUUCUUUGCUCUUAUACUCCACAUAUGAGUGAAAUCGUUUGGUUCUUGUCUUCCUCUGCCUGGCUUAUUUCUCUAAGCAUAAUACCCUCUAGCUCCAUCCAUGUUACUGCAAAUGGUAGGAUUUGUUUUCUUCUUAUGGCUGAAUAAUAUUCCUUUGUGUAUAUGUACCACAUCAUCUUUAUCCAUUCAUCUUCUGAUGGACAUUUAGGUUGCUUCCAAUUCUUGGCUAUUGUAAAUAGUGCUGCGAUAAACAUAGGGGUGCAUCUGUCUUUAAAAAAAGACAUUUUUUUUAAAACUUCAACUAUAUACAAUUGAGGUAAUUCCCCUAAUUUCCUUGAGCCCUUCAAUUUCCUUCCCCCAUAUAUAGAUAACUUUAAUGUCUUCCCAGUCAACCUUUUAUAUAUUUGUUUAGCCACAUGUAUCUUUAAAAAUAUGUAGUGUGAAAUGCUGGGCAUAGAAGUCACAGGGCAUAAAUCUGUAAAGAAGUAAAAAGCUAACCUUUUCAAGGAAUAUUGCUUCUCUCUCACUUACCAACUUUACAUUUCCCUGUAUGGCCCCGGAAGAUGACUGGUUAGCCAGAGACGGGUAAGAUUCCUCAAGGGAGGAACAACCUAAGACAGGCACAGUCGCCGGGGGGCCAUCAGGUGAGAAAUUGGGGAUCAACAGAGGUGAGGCUUAGAACCUCACCCCCCGUUUUGAGAGAAAUCUGCAUCCGUGGAUGUUUUGUUGCCCUUGUCUAGCUUGGAUUAAUAUUUAGUCUAUAGGCACAGACCUGAUCAUCUACAUUUGCCCUCUUACAGCACUGAACUGUGUUUUCCACCUUUAUCUUGCAUCUACCUACCACUUCAGCAUUUUAUUAAAAAAAGAAGAAGGGAGAAAUGUGGGAUUCACAUAUAAAUGAAGUAUAAAAAUCAAUCGAAUAAUCAUAUCUGACUUGAUUGUUUAUAGUUCAUGAUGCGUGAUGAAAACUGAAAGUUUGUGUGAUAUGACUGCCCUUGCACACUGUUCACCAUGUAAGAACUUAUUCACUAUGUAAGAACUUGUUCACCAUGUAAGAACUUGUUCGUUAUGCUUCAGAAGAUUGGAGACUUUUGAGAAUUAGGCUUGGGGUUAAUCAAUGAUUGUGCAUUGAGUCCCCUAUACAGAAUUUUAUUGUUAACAACCAUUUGAUCAAUAAAUGAGAGAUGCCCUCUCAAAAAAAAAAAUAAAUAGUGUCAGUACCAAAUGAUUUCCCUCAUUUGUGGAGUAUAACAACGAAGCAAAACUGAAGGAACAAAAGAC